GUCAAGGCCAAGCGCAAGCGCGCCAAUGCAGAGCAGCUACAAGUUCUCAACGCUGCAUUCGAGAAAUCAUAUUUUCCUUCGACUGAGGAACGUCUUCGUUUGUCGAAGCAAACAAAGAUGUGCCCACGAACGGUCCAAAUCUGGUUCCAAAACAAGCGACAGAGCGUCAAGGCACGGUCAGAAGCU